UGACUUGCGUCAGACUCGUGUUAGCGGUUUUGGUUCUCAAAGUGGGGGCUUUUUGGCCGCCCCCUUACCAAAUUAAAUUGGACGAUAGUGCAAGUUUUGUUAUUUCGGAAUUUUCCGACGACCUUUUGGGAGAUGAAGACGAAAUGAUUCCGGUGAGAGCGACUCUGAACGAUGAGAAAUACUCCAGAAUUCAUCAAAUCGCUCUCCGGUAUAACAAACGAGAAUUUAAUGAAAAGAAACCGCGCAAUAUAACGAAAAUUAAAGAACACAAUUUCGAUUUAGACGACGCUGUACCCUGGCAAGGGGGAUUCGUUGAUAAAAAGGGAAACUUUAUUCAGCCGGAUAAUGAAAACGUUUAUUACUUGAACGAAAUGGCCAAAAGUCUCAUCGACAGUAAAAUAGACGAGAAACGAGAAAACGAAAAAGACGAGAAUUACGAUUACAACAAUUUCAAGGCCGAAUACAACAAGGAAAUCGCUGAAGCGAAAAACCAAAAAGACACUCUAAAUUACACAGAGGUCAAAGAGGACGAAACUGUGGAGGAGGCAGUCGAGGCAGUGGUCGAUUUCAAGGACGCCAAAAAUUGCACAGCGGAGGAAAAAAAGGGAAUCGGGGUGGCAGCAAUGAAAUGCAUACUUCGCGACAUCAAAACGGCCAAAAGCAAAAAUUCGAUCCUCAAUUUCUGCGAGAAAAUCCUACGAAUCGCCCUGAUUUGGUUCUGCGUCUAUAUGGUCAUUGCCAUACCGUGCUGGUGCACGCGAGGUUGGUGCUGUUGCUGUUGUUGUUGUAAAAUUUGCCGCCCGAGGGAAGUAAUCGACGAAGCGAAACACUUCUUCGUCACCAACCCCCCAGGGGUGUUUCACGACAAAGACGGCUCAAAAUUCGAAUACACGCCAACGGAAUACGAGAUUUACACUCAGGAAAAGUUGGAAAGGGCGAUUUUCAAUUUGUGACUUACCUCGAUGACCUGGUGGGCCCGUUCGAAGUUCUGGCGUUUGAGACAGAUGUGGAUGAGGGACUCCGGGGGUGCUAGCAUAUAAUUGAGGAGUUGUUCUUGGAUUUUUGGGGUGAUUUUCGUAUUGAGGAUCAAAUCGAGACGCCACAAAGCGUCGGUUACGUAAUUACUGAGAGUGGAGAGUCUCCGGUAGUGGUCCGAAUCGCGCUCGUAGACUUUUUUCAGUUUUAAUUCUUCUGUUACUGAUUUUAGUAGAAAUAAAACAAAGCGGAUUUCCUUCUCUUUGCAGGUGAAUUCGUGCGCUUUUCGGUGGAACAUCAACCGGAAGAUAUUUUCGAGUAAUUCGAUCUGUAAUUGCUUGUCUUUCAAGUCGAUUAGUUUGCUUUUGAGGGUCUCGAAAAGGGCAUUAAUGUGGUCUUUUUUCAAGUUUGGGUUGUAAUUGUCGAUUAGGAGGUUGAUCAAAGUUGCAAGGAUUGUAAAGCCGGUGAAAAUGAUAAAUUGGUCGUGAUUACAAGCGAGUUUACUCGAAAUGUUUUCCCAUUGUGUGGCAUCGCCCAAAUCGGUGAAACGUGAUAAAGUGUCAAGUGGUGUGUUUUUACUCGCGAAAACAAAUAAAUCUGAGUC